GCAAAGCAUUAAGCUGUGCAGUCACAGAAGGAACACAGAGCCUAAGAGCGUGAAGGGACAGAGGGGACAGUGUCAAGAGAAGCUUUGAGUUGGUGGAUGAAGGAGGAGACGGGUGGGAGCAGAGGUGCUCAGGGCAAUGGCAGAGGCCAUCACCUAUGCAGACCUGCGGUUCGUGAAGGCUCCCCUGAAGAAGAGCAUCUCCAGCCGGUUAGGACAGGACCCAGAGACUGAUGAGGAUGAGGAACUCACCUACGAGAAUGUACAAGUGCCCUCAGUCUCAGGUGGGCCCUUGAGCUCGGCUUCUUCUGGAGUAGGGGACAAAGCAGGGCUCCAGUCGGAGCGGCCAACUGCGUCCUGGAGCUCCGUGACGUCACCAGCUGCCGGGAGGCUCCUCGCGGGUCGCGCAGCCUGUACGCAGUACCUCCUUCUUGGCCUGCUCCUCACCUGCCUGCUGUUAGGGGUGGCCGCCAUCUGCCUGGGAGUGCGCUAUCUGCAGGUGUCUCAGCAGCUCCAGCAGACGAACAGUGUUCUGGAAACCACUAACAGCAGCCUGAGACAGCAGCUCCACCUAAAGAUAACCCAGCUGGGGAAGAAGGAAGAGGAUCUGCAGGGGUCCAGGAGGGAACUAGCCCAGAGUCAGGAAGCACUACAGGAGGAACAGAAGGUUUGCCAGGCUACCCAAGAGCAGUUACAGGCCUGCUGGUCUGAGAAGGAGAAGACAGAGGAGGCCUUGCAAAGUAAGGAGGUGCAGAGGAUGACCUUGGAGCAGAGGCUGAGCAGCAUGCAGGCCACAUUGAAGCCCUUAUUCACAUGCCCCUUAGCAGAUACCUGCUGUCCCGUGGGAUGGACACUGAACGAGAGGAGCUGCUUUUACAUCUCAUAUACGGAGAGAAGUUGGCAGGAGAGCCAAGACCACUGUAAAUCUCUGUCCUCUGACCUGGCCGCAUUCAGUGAUGGUUAUUCUUUUUCACUUAGAAACCUCAACAGUGCAAGGAAGAUGUUGACACAAAUUAGUCCGCCUGGUUCAUUUUGGACUGUUCACAACUCUAGGAGGUUGCCGCAGGCUGACGGUAAACAGGCCUUUUGGUAUUAUGGUGAAAGCUCAAGAUGUUACAACGUACAAAGCAAGUGGCCAAGAAUGCAGCUGGAGGACUGUAGUUCUCCUCGUCCCUGCAUCUGUGAGAUGGCAGCUUUCAAGCAUCCAGAUAGGGACCACUUUUUGCCCUGAGUUGGGUACUCAUGCCAACAAGAGCCUGUACUCCUCACCCCUAACUGCAGUCUGCAGGCCCUAAGAUCAUCUCCCUCCAGUGCCCUGUCACUCCGCCUGGGCAGUGCCCAGCCAAGGGCUGAUCCAUGCCCAACACUUCUAGCCAGC